CGAAACAUCUCCUCUUCGCGCUACCAACCUACUCAAACCUCUUCAACUCUUCCUCAUACUCGUACUCAUACUCUCUAUCUCAAUGGACUCCUUCGUCAACACCGUCGCCUCUAUCCCCGCUGCCUCUUCGGAGUCCCAGCCAAUCAGCUCAUACCCCGUCGAAUCCGAAUCCGGGGGAGGCAACUCGACCUACUGCGUCAUUGCCUGAAUACAUUCAACCACCCACCUUAUCCAUCAUCGUUUGUUCUCUUAUUACGGGUUGCUAAUCAUGCAUAUGACCUCACGACCUAUCAUUAUUAACACCGUCUGACAACCUUUCGACGUUCAUGACCGCGCUACCACAAUACCUUUUGCUUACUUGGAUGGUUUAUUUCCUCUGGAGCUGAGACGAGAUGAGAGCAGGGAGACGGGGAGAGCAGAGUAGUACAUCACCGAUCGCCUUUCGAUUAUUUCUUUUUUUUUUUUUGCUUCCUUUACUUUUUGUGCUGACAAUUACUCAACUCGCACGCCCAACCACUACCAGUACUGUACUGAUACAUAUCAUCACCCCCGCAGCCCUUCGUGUUUGCUUAGUUCACAACCUUCGCCUUCUCUGACCCCCUUUUUAGUUUUUUCUUCGUUUCUGGGAUUUUGGACGAUCUCUUUUGUAUGCAGGUGACGGUGAUGGGAGAGGAGUCCUCCAGAGCACUAGUUCAAUGGUAGCAAAAACUGCUGAAACA